CUCUCUCUCUCUCUCUCUCUCUCUCUCUAUGGCGAGCUCCCUCUCGUUCUGGGAGCAAACCCUAACGGAAAAUCCCUUUUCCCGGCCAUCGUUUCGGCCUCUUUACCAGGUAUGAGAUUUCCUGCGAUUUCUCACUCUUCUAAUAUCUGAAACUGGAUUGUAAAAGCUCGAUAAUCCUAUUGUUAUCCUCCUUUCUCUCUCCUUGUCGAUUUUCGACAUCUAUGAAAAGCCAGACUGCCUCUUCGCUCUGUGCAUGUUUCGGGGUUUUGCCUAGGGGUUUUAUGUGAAUUUGUUCGUGUUGGUAGAGUUAUACGAGUCUGGAUCAAUGAAGCGGCAGAGAUCUUACGGUGAGGACCUUGAUAAUGUUAGUGACAAGGGGGUGGCUAGGCUAGAGAGAGAAAGGGGAAGAAGGGAUCAAGAACACACAAGGAUGAGAUCUUUGAAGGUUUUAGAGGGAGAAAGUGCAGAUUCUCACUACAGGAGAGGUGGAUACACCAGUUUCGAGAACGGGAGGAAGGGCUUCAAAUAUGAGAAAACCCUAGAUGAAACUAGAGAACUUAAUAGAGUUCACAAGAAGCGAUUUGACCAUGGUGAUUCUCGAGGAGAGAGAAAGGGCUUCGAAAUUGGACGAUCCGAGAGUUUUCGGAAGGGGUUCCAGAGCGACAGGAUCCAUAGAUCGAACAGUUCCUCAAUUUCUCGAAGGGAAUUAUAUGAACCUGCUUCAUGCAAAGGGUUUCGAUCUGAUAGGGUUCAUCGGUUUCAUGAUGGGAAUGAACCAGAGAGAUCACACAGUAGGAGGUCGAACACGAACAGUAAGGAAACAGAUGAAGAUGCCCCUUCACAGAGGUAUGGGAUUUCCGGUAAGAGCAAGAGAAUGGGGUCUGAGGAUAGGGGCAAUUCGGUAAAUAGCAUGAUGAAGUCUCCUCAGAGUUCAAGAGAAGCGGGCAAAUCUCCACAGCAGUCGAAAGAUUCAGAGGAGCAAGUGAAAUCCAAGUAUAACAAGGUUAGUAGUAGUAGUAGUGAAAUGGAAGAAGGAGAGCUUGAACCUGAUCCGGUACCUGAACCUAAAAAUGAACCUGAAUCCAAACCCAGGACUGAAUCUGAGCCUAAAGAUGAAGUUUCUAGUAGAACCAAAGAAAACUUUAAUGCUUGCCCUGAGUCUUCAUUUAAUUUGAUUCAUAAACUGAAAGAGGAGAAUAGAUCAGUGGUGGCAUCUAAUAAGAUGGAGGGGUAUCAUGAAGUAGAGAUAGAGAGAGAAGAUGGCAGUGAAAGGAAGCAUGGGGAAGAGAUAGAAAGAGAAGAAGGUUCUGAUGGGAAGCAUGAGGAAAAGAUAGAAAGAAGAGGAGGUUUUGAUAGAAAGAAUGGGGAAGAGGUUCAAAUUGCAGGAGUUCCUGAUAAGAAGCAUCAAAAAGAUAUGAUGGGUUUCUCAGUAGAAUCAAAAGAGGUUUUGGAUUAUGCAUUGAAUCACGGGAAUGAGGAUGACUUGGAUGAAGUCGUGAAAGGUUCGGAUGGAGAUGCAGAAAUGGAGAUUAUUCACAGAGAAGAAUGUGAGCCUUUACCAGAGGCUAACAGAGUGGUUUGUGAAUUAGACUCAAAGGCAUGUGAUGCUGCUGUGGAAGAAAGCACUAUAAAGUUAAGUGAUAAGGGGAUUCCAUCUAAAACUGACGAAAAAAAGUCAAUGUAUAUUAGAGAGAAUGUCGUUCGCUCUGUAGUUGCAGAAGAAAUCUCCCGUAAGAUGACUGUAGUUGCAGAAGAAAGCGCCCGUAAGAUGAAUGCGAAUGCUAUUUGCCAUGAACCUUUUGAUGUAGAAAAACAAAGUGGGAUGAAAGACAUGGACCUUGAUAUGGAGGCUGAGGAUUUGGGAAUGUCCAGUGAAUCUAAUAAGACAAAUAUUGAUGAGACCGGCAGGCACGAUUUGACUUUGAGAUUCAUGCCAGAGAAAUUAGAACUGGUUCCUAUGAAUUCGGACAAGGAAGGGGUUGAGACUAUGAAAGGCAAAGGUAAACAGCCUGUGCUUUCUUUCUCUGAUGCGCCCCAGCCCAAUUGGUUGGUGAGAGAUUUUCUUGCAGCAGGAGAUCGGUGCACAGGUGAAGAGAGAGAAAGCAAUGAAAAUAGAGGAAUGGAAGGGACAAGCAAUCGGGGCUUUGAGUUGUUCUCUCAUUCUAAUGUUGGGGCGAACAAGAUUGCCAAUAACUCCAAGGAGGUAAAAGCUGAGCCCCUUCAUCUCUAUCUAGGCUUGCCAGACGUCUCCCUAACUCUGGCUUCUCCCACCCCGAGCUCGAACGCUACUCCAUCAUCUCCUAAACAAGCAAGAAGCGUGCAAUCCUUUCCCACAACUCUUCAAACUCGCACAAUGUCAGAUGGGUUCACUACCUCGCUCUCCUUUUCAGGUUCUCAAGCUUUCACUCAUAACCCUAGUUGCUCUCUUAACCAAAACUCAGUGGAAAACCAUGAGCAUUCAGUUGGUAGCCGCCCCAUCUUUUCAGGUGUCGACCAAGUUGUUUGUGGUGCUGGGCAAGGUCAGUCUUCCAAUGAGCAGCUCCAUUAUGGAACUAAUGUUUCGAAUUCUUUACCCCAGGAAAGGCCUAAACAGCGAAAAGAAGUCCCGUUAUAUCACCGUAUACUACAAAAUGGAAAUGGGGUGCCUCAAAAUUUGCAGGGUGGCUCGGCUUCACAGAGUAACAGAUCUCAUGUUUUGAGUUGUAGAGUUUCAGAAGGUAGUUUGGGCAGGAGCAAUGGGCCAGAGAGACAGGUGAGCUUUUCUAGAGAUGUGGCAUCCCAAUCGAGGAAAGAAGUUGGGCCUUCUCCAAGUCAAAGUGUUGGUUCUCGCGAGACCAGGCCUGAGCAUAUCAAGCCGUCCAGGGGCUCGCAGAGAUACCCUGAACAACUUGUUGAGAGGAUGAUCUAUGAGAUAGUUUCAGAACCCAUUUUGGAAAUGGCAAGGAGGCUUCAAGAUAUGCCGGAACAAUCGAUAUUGUUUCUAAAGGAGCACAUGUAUGAGAUGAUGGUGAACAAGGAAAGGCAAGGGCACUUAUUGGGGUUGCAGGAAAAGCUUCAAAAGAGGAGCGAACUCACAAUGGACAUGCUAUCAAAAGCUCACAAGGCUCAGUUGGAACUUCUAGUUGCUAUAAGGACUGGACUCAAGGAGUUCUUGCGCCUAAGUAACAACUUCUCAUAUUCUGAUUUAGUGGAAAUUUUGUUGAAUUUGAAGUGCCGGAAUCUUUUGUGUCUUAAUCAAUUGCCUGUGGAUGAAUGUGAGUGUAAAGUUUGUGCUCAGAAGAAUGGGUUUUGCAGUGCAUGCAUGUGUCUUGUUUGCUCAAAGUUCGACUUUGCAUCCAAUACUUGUAGUUGGGUGGGUUGUGAUGUUUGCCUACAUUGGUGUCAUACUGAUUGUGGGCUUCACCACUCUCACAUAAGAAAUGGGCAUAGUGCCACAGGAUCUCGAGGGGCCUUGGAGAUGCAAUUCCACUGUGUUGCAUGUGACCAUCCUUCUGAGAUGUUUGGUUUUGUUAAGGAAGUGUUCAGAACAUGUGGAAAGGAUUGGAGUGCUGAAACUCUUGCCAAGGAGAUUGAAUAUGUGAGAAGGAUAUUUCGUGGUAGCGUGGAUUUAAGGGGGAAGAGGUUGUAUGAGAUAGCAGAUCAAAUGUUGUCGAAAUUGGAAAAUAGGGCAAACCAUUUGGAUGUCUAUGCAAGCAUCAUGAUAUUCCUGUCUGAAGGUGAAUGCAAUUUUGGUGGUGCUCCUUCUUCCUCUGCUGUGAAGGAUGUUUUUCAUGUUAAUCAAGGAAAAACAAGUAAUGGUCUAGAAGGGUCAUGUCAAGACGCUGUUUAUAAACUUCCUCAUGUUGCUUCUGCUGAGAAACUUCAACAUUUGGAGAAUGGAAGUGCCAUUAUGCUUACUGGCCUAGAUUGGGAGCAGGGAGGGAGACGAAAUGGUGGAUCUGAUCUGCCAUUGGGCAUGGAAAAGAAGCCUGUGAUGGAUGAAUUGGAGAGCAUUGUGAUGAUGAAAGAAGCAGAGGCUAAAAUGUACCUAGUUCGUGCCGAAGAUGCAAGAAUAGAAGCUGAAGGCCUAAAACGGAUUUCUGAUGCCAAGAAAGAACAGUUGGAAGUAGAGUAUACUAACAAGGUUCUAAAGUUACGCUUGGUUGAAACGGGGGAAAGACUUAAACAGAAGCUUGGAGAACUUCAGGCCCUAGAAAAGGUGCACAGGGAUUACUUUAACAUGAAGAUGAGGAUGGAAGCCGAUAUCAAAGAUCUGCUAUUGAAGAUGGAAGCUACAAAGCACAACUUCAGUGUGUGAGUUGGCUUUCCUGCCUGUUUAAAUUUAAGGACCUGCAUCAUUUUCAGGUACUGUUUCAUACUGUACCUCGAGCGAAUUGCACUCAUUGUCAAAAACAGACUUAGAUUGUGGGCUUUAGGUUGUCUUUCUGUUUUUUGGGGUCUGUAUUGUAUACAACCAGUUAGAGUGUCAUACAUUUUUCUUUCUUUUGGUGGCUAACCAGAGUCUGUACAGUUAGACUGCCGCACCUAGUGUAUCUGGUUCCUCAUGUAGAAUCAAAAUUGAAAAUGAAAUCAGUUAACAGCAGUUCUAUAAUGAGUUUUAGCUU